ACCAUUGUUCUGCCAGUCGCACCUGCGUGCGGCUCUGGAGUCUUGGUGCAACUUUGCCCCUCUCUAAAUCCUGGUACCUUCUUACGGGCGGGAGAGGGGACCGGUCACAGGUUCUGGGCCCCUGAGGCCUUGGGUACGGGCCGCCAUGAGUAAGCGGAAGGCGCCUCAGGAGACGCUUAACGGGGGCAUCACCGACAUGCUCAUGGAACUUGCAAACUUUGAGAAGAACGUGAGCCAGGCCAUCCACAAAUACAAUGCGUACAGAAAAGCAGCAUCUGUUAUAGCAAAGUACCCACACAAAAUCAAGAGUGGAGCAGAAGCUAAGAAAUUACCAGGAGUAGGAACAAAAAUUGCGGAAAAGAUUGAUGAGUUUUUAGCAACUGGAAAAUUGCGUAAACUGGAAAAGAUUCGGCAGGAUGAUACAAGUUCAUCCAUCAAUUUCCUGACUCGAGUUAGUGGCAUUGGUCCAUCUGCUGCAAGGAAGUUUGUAGAUGAAGGAAUUAAAACAUUAGAAGAUCUCAGGAAAAAUGAAGAUAAAUUGAAUCAUCAUCAACGAAUUGGGUUGAAAUAUUUUGAGGACUUUGAAAAAAGAAUCCCUCGCGAAGAGAUGUUACAAAUGCAAGAUAUUGUACUAAAUGAAGUUAAAAAAGUGGAUUCUGAAUACAUUGCUACAGUCUGUGGCAGUUUCAGAAGAGGUGCAGAGUCUAGUGGUGACAUGGAUGUUCUUCUCACCCACCCAAACUUCACCUCGGAGUCCACUAAACAGGUACCUCUAUCUUGCACUAUGGUCAUUCUUACACAGCAUGAAAUAGCAUUUUCUAAAUGCUAUUAAAAAAAAUAUUUAGGUGUCUGCCAACUUCCCAGUAAAAAUGAUGAAAAGGAAUGUCCACACAGAAGAAUUGAUAUCAGAUUGAUACCCAAAGAUCAGUAUUACUGUGGUGUUCUCUACUUCACUGGCAGUGACAUUUUCAAUAAGAAUAUGAGAGCUCAUGCCCUAGAAAAGGGUUUCACAAUUAAUGAAUAUACCAUCCGUCCUUUGGGAGUUACUGGAGUUGCUGGAGAACCCUUGCCAGUGGAUAGUGAGAAAGAUAUCUUUGACUACAUCCAGUGGAAAUACCGAGAACCCAAGGAUCGAAGUGAAUGAGGCCUAUUCUUCCUCCCAGGCAUAGCCCAGUAGGAGUCUUAAUUUAUUUCUUAACCUUUGCUUUGUAAGGGUCUUUGUUUUUAAAUGAUUGCUUUGUCCCCAUGCCUAGCUUGUACAAUAGUCAAUAAAACUUCUUGCAUUGCUAUUG